AUGGCGGGCUGCGAUCGCCUCUGGCCGACGGCCGAAGAGCCGAUGCGUUGGUUCCUCCCGGGCUGCGAUGCGCCGGCGGCGCUCCUCGCGCGACGGGACCGCGGCGUCGCCUGGGCCGUCGCCGCGCUCGCCGCCGUCGAGGCCUGCGCCGGCGCGGCGCUCGCCGGGCCCGAGAGCCUCGCGCUGCUGCGCGCCGCGGGCGACGUCUUCGCGGCCGGGGCGGCGGCGGACCUCGGCGCGCUCGAGCGGCACGCGGCGGCCUGCGCGCGCGCAGCGGGGCCGGCGAGCGCGCUCGCGUCGCGGAGCCGCGCCGCGCUCUGCCGCGCGCUGCUCGCGCGCGGCGCCGCGCGCGCGGCGGCCGACGUCGCGCGCUGCGGCCUCGCCCUCGAGGUGGCGGCCCUGGCCCGGCGCCGCGGCGCCCCGUCGCCCUUCGUCGUCGCGGACACGUACGCGCUCGUCGCGCGGUGCCUCGGGCCGGACCGCGGCGCCGCGGCCGCGCGCGGCGCCGCGGCGCUCGUCGGCCGCGCGUGCGGGCCCGAGUACCCGGCGGCGCUCGCGGGCUGCGGCCGCGACGACGACGCCGUCGCCCACGCCGAGGCCUGCCGCGCGCGCGGCGCGGCGGUCCCGCCGGGCGGCGCCGCCGUCGCGGCCGCGCUCGGCGCCGCGUGGCUCGCGUCCGCGCGGCUCCGCCGCGGGGAGCCGGACCUCGCCUGCGCCGCGCUCCAGCACGCGCUGCCGACGCUCACGGCGGCCCUCGGCCGCGGCGACGCGCUCGUCGGCGCGCUCGUCGCCGAGUGCGCCGCGGUCCGCGGCUGGCACGGGCGGCGGCGCGCCGCCGCGCCCUACGUCGCGCUCGCGGCGCGGAUCCGCGCCGCGGCGUCGCGCGGCGCGGGGCGGGCGCACCGCGGGUUCUGGCCCUUCGCGACGCCGCGGCCGCGCGCCGCGGCCCCGCGGCCGCGCGCCGCGCCCGCGGGCGCCGCCGCCGCGGCCGACGCGCUCCUCGGCCGCGGCGCGGCGCUCGCGGCGCUCGACGCCGCGGGGCGGGCCGUCGGCGCCGCCGCCGACGACGGCGCGCGCGCGGACGCGUGGUCCGACGCGGGCCGGGCGCUCGCGUGCCUCGGCGCGCUCCGCGAGGCCGAGGAGGCCUUCGCCGAGGCGCUCCGCUUCCGCCACGGCCGCGCCGGCGGCGACGCCGCCGCCGCGCCGCGCGGGGGCGACGGGCGGCCGCGCGCGCCGCCGGCGCUCGGCCACGCGUGGCGCCGGUUCCCCAAGGCGCCGCCCCGGCCGCUCAGAGAGCGGUUCGAAGUUUCGCUGGACGGGGCCAUUCCACUGGUCGUUUCCGGCGCAGGCUGGCCCGAGCUCUCCCUCGACGGGCGCCUCGACGCGGCGCCGCCGCCGCCGGACGCCGACGGCCCCCUGCCCCUCGCCCUCUGCCGCCUGGCGGCGCCGCCGCCGCUGGGCGGCGCGCGCGUCGCGGUCGCGGCGGCGUGGGCCGACGCGGACGUCUCGUUCUCGCUCGCGGGCGCCGCCGCGCCGGGGCCCCGGCCGCCGCCGCCGCCGCCCGGGUCCGUCGUCCCGGCGUGGCACGCGCCCAUGGUCGCCGACGCGGCCCGCAACGCGGCCUACGCGGCCGCGGUCGCCGGCGCCGUCGCCGCCGCGCUCCACCGCGCGGCCGGCCGCGGCGCGCCCCUCGUCCUCGACGCCGGCGCGGGCGUCGGCGUCCUCGGCCUCUUCGCCGCGGACGCCGCCGGCGCUGCCGCCGUCGACGUCGUCGGCGUCGAGACGUGCGCCGCACUCGUCGACGCGUCGCGCGCCGUCGCCGCCCGGGCGGCGCUCGCGCCGGGGCAGAUCGUCGACUCCUGCGUCGACUUCCGCCGGGGCGACGCGCGGUGGCUCCGCGCGGGCGCGGCGGCGCCGGCGCCGCGCGGCGGCGACGUCGCGAUCGACCGCCGCGCGGACCUGCUCCUCGUCGAGCUCUUCGACUGCGGCUGCCUCGGCGAGCGCGUCCUCGCCGUCGUUGGCAACGCCUGGCGUCGCGCGCUCCGGCCCGACGCGGCCGUCGUCCCGCGCGCCUGCGCGGUCCGCGCGGUGCUCGUCGCGGACGCGGCGACGCUCUCGCGCGACGGCGGCGGCGUCGACGUGUCCUGCCUGAGCCGCUACGGCCCCGGCGCGGCCUACGAGGGCGAGCGGCUCGCGCGCGGCGACUACGAGGCCCUCAGCGAGGCCGCGGAGGUGCUCGCCUUCGACCUCUCCGACCGCGCGGCCUUCCUCGGCGAGCGGUCGCCCGAGCGCGGCUGCGGCCCCGCGCGGCGGACGGUCCGCGCGCGCCGCGGGGGCACCGCCGUCGCCGUCGCCUUCUUCUUCGACCUCGAUCUCGCGGACGGCAUCGCGCUCACGACGGAGCCGGAGGCACUCGCGGCGCCGGCGGGGGACGGAGCGCCGGCACGCGCGAGCCACUGGCCCACGGCCGUCCAGCGGCUCCCGCCCCGGGAGCUCGCGGCCGGCGAGGCGGUCGACGUCGUCGUCGCGCACGACGGUCAGCGCGUCUCCUUCGCCUGGGCCGACGACGAGGACGGCCGCGCGCCCGAGGACGACGUCCACCGCGUCCUCGUCGCGCGCCACGACGCGCGGCUCCGCGAGCUCCGGCGCGUGCUCGCCGGAUCGGCUGCGCCGAGGAGCGUCGCCCUCGCGGACGCCGCGCUCGCCCUCUCCGGGGACCCGAGCCUCGGGCCGGUGCACGGGGACCUCGCCGACGCACUGGGCCGGGACCUCUUUCUCUAG